AUGGUUGCUUUGAAAAUAAUUAUUUUUAAGAACGAGAAGAUGGCGAAUUUUUUAGCAUUUAGCUUUGAUAAUAUUCUAGUUUUUUGCGUUAAAUUUUUAAAUUAUGAAAAUCAUCUUCCAUCAGGAACAGAAACUGAAGGUUCAUCCGGUUCUGAAGGUUCAACAGAAAAUAAGAAGACUGAAAGUUCUUCCAUCCAUCUCAAGGAUAACAAAUCAUCAGAAUCAGAAGCUGAAUCUCAAAAAACUGUAAUCAGGAAACGAACAUGCCUAACAUGUGGACUGCACUUUCAGCGGCAACCAGGUCUCGAACGCCAUAUUAAAAUAAAACAUUAA